UCUCUUAUUUAUUGGGGUGCAGUCACGUGUGCUACUUUUGACCAGGAUAGGAGCACUGGGCAGCAGAAGUUCUGCUUGCACCUCCACACAGGCACCUCAGACGAGUGGAGUCUGGCCUCUUCCUCCACGGUCAUACACGUACACACUGAGCGGGUGUUCUCCUCUAACGCACGGACAGGAUUUAGAAUUCACAAUCUAAAGUGCAAGGCACGUAACUUCUAAUUAUUAAGAGUUAGAGGGAUAAGUGUAAAAGAUGACGACUGUUAUUGAGACGCAGGUGCAGUAUAACAACACCUACAUGAUGUCUACUACGGAAGACUACAUGACUCAGGAGGAGGACUGGGACAGGGAUCUUCUGCUGGACCCUGCCUGGGAGAAACAGCAGAGGAAGACGUUCACGGCGUGGUGUAACUCUCAUCUGCGUAAAGCGGGAACUCAGAUCGAGAACAUUGAAGAGGAUUUCAGGAAUGGCCUCAAACUCAUGCUGCUGCUCGAGGUCAUCUCAGGUGAGAGACUGCCCAAGCCUGACAAAGGAAAGAUGCGUUUCCACAAGAUCGCCAACGUCAACAAAGCUCUGGAUUAUAUCUCUAGCAAAGGAGUCAAACUGGUGUCCAUUGGUGCUGAAGAGAUUGUUGAUGGCAAUUUGAAAAUGACUCUGGGAAUGAUCUGGACCAUCAUUCUCCGUUUCGCUAUCCAGGACAUUUCUGUGGAGGAGACGUCUGCUAAAGAGGGUCUGCUGCUGUGGUGUCAGAGGAAGACGGCCCCCUACAGGAACGUCAACGUACAGAACUUCCACAUCAGCUGGAAGGAUGGCCUCGCUCUGUGCGCCCUCAUCCACAGACACAGACCAGACCUCAUCGACUACUCUAAACUCAGAAAGGACGACCCUAUUGGAAACCUGAACACUGCGUUUGAGGUGGCAGAGAAGUACCUGGACAUCCCAAAGAUGCUGGACGCUGAAGACAUCGUCAACACCCCUAAACCUGAUGAGAAAGCCAUCAUGACCUACGUGUCCUGCUUUUACCAUGCUUUCGCCGGUGCCGAGCAGGCCGAGACCGCGGCUAACAGGAUCUGUAAGGUUCUGGCUGUGAACCAGGAGAACGAAAGGCUGAUGGAGGAGUAUGAGAAACUGGCCAGUGAGUUGUUGGAGUGGAUCCGUCGCACCAUCCCGUGGCUGGAGAACCGCGUGGCGGAGCAGACCAUGCGCGCCAUGCAGCAGAAGCUGGAGGAUUUCCGCGACUACAGGCGCAUCCACAAGCCUCCACGCGUUCAGGAGAAAUGCCAGCUGGAGAUCAACUUCAACACCCUGCAGACCAAACUCCGCCUGAGCAACCGACCGGCCUUCAUGCCCUCCGAGGGGAAGAUGGUGUCGGAUAUUGCUAAUGCAUGGAAAGGUCUAGAGCAGGUAGAGAAGGGUUAUGAGGAAUGGCUCCUCACCGAGAUCCGUCGCCUGGAGAGACUCGAUCAUCUGGCGGAGAAGUUCAAGCAGAAAUGCUCCCUGCAUGAGUCCUGGACCACAGGAAAGGAGCACCUGCUGUCUCAGAAGGACUAUGAGACGGCCUCUCUGAUGGAGAUCAGGGCUCUGAUGAGGAAGCACGAGGCGUUUGAGAGCGACCUGGCUGCCCACCAGGACCGAGUGGAGCAGAUUGCAGCCAUCGCUCAAGAGCUGAAUGAGUUAGACUAUCAUGAUGCUGCUUCAGUGAACACCCGCUGCCAGGGCAUCUGUGACCAGUGGGACAACCUGGGAACCCUGACCCAGAAGAGAAGAGACGCUCUAGAGCGUGUAGAAAAACUUUGGGAGACGAUUGAUCAGCUGUACCUGGAGUUCGCCAAGAGGGCGGCGCCCUUCAACAACUGGAUGGAUGGAGCCAUGGAGGAUCUGCAGGACAUGUUCAUCGUGCACAGCAUUGAGGAAAUCCAGAGUCUGAUAACAGCUCACGACCAGUACAAGGCCACCCUGCCAGAAGCCGAUAAGGAGCGCAUAGCCAUCAUGGGCAUCCAGAACGAGAUCACAAAGAUUGCUCAGACCUACGGCAUCAAGCUGGUCGGAGUCAAUCCAUACACGGUCCUCAGCCCACAGGACAUCACCAACAAAUGGGAGGCUGUGAAGCAGCUGGUUCCCCAUAGAGACCAGAUGCUGCAGGAGGAGGUUGCCAGGCAACAGGCCAAUGAGAGGCUGAGGCGCUCGUUCGCCGCUCAGGCCAACAUCAUCGGACCUUGGAUUCAGACCAAGAUGGAGGAGAUCGGUCACGUGUCGGUGGAUAUCACUGGCUCUCUGGAGGAACAGAUGAAUAAUCUGAAGCAGUACGAGCAGAACAUCAUCAACUACAAAUCCAACAUUGACAAACUGGAGGGAGAUCACCAGCUCAUUCAGGAGGCGCUCGUCUUCGACAACAAACACACCAACUACACCAUGGAGCACAUCCGUGUGGGCUGGGAGCAGCUGCUCACCACCAUCGCUCGCACCAUCAACGAGGUGGAGAACCAGAUCCUGACCCGCGACGCCAAGGGCAUCAGCCAGGAGCAACUCAAUGAGUUCAGAGCCUCCUUCAACCACUUCGACAGGAAGAGAAACGGCAUGAUGGACCCCGAUGAUUUCCGCGCAUGUCUGAUCUCUAUGGGUUACGAUCUGGGUGAGGUGGAGUUCGCCCGCAUCAUGACCCUGGUGGACCCCAACAACACGGGAGUAGUGACCUUCCAGGCCUUCAUCGACUUCAUGACACGCGAGACCGCUGAAACAGACACUGCUGAACAGGUCAUGGCCUCCUUCAAGAUCCUGGCCUCCGACAAGUCCUAUAUCACUGUGGAGGAGCUUCGUCGUGAACUCCCACCUGAGCAGGCCGAGUACUGCAUCUGCCGCAUGACCAAGUACUCCGGCCCCGAUGCCUCCCCUGGAGCCCUGGAUUACAUCUCCUUCUCCAGUGCCCUUUACGGAGAGAGCGAUUUAUAA